CAGGAGAAGGGCGAGGGAGGGGCCGCAACCUGCGCGGGGCGCAGGGCGGUCAGAGCGAUCGGAUCUGCAAGCUGGUUACUCUUCUCAGGAAUGGCUCUGCGCUGCUGGCGCUGGUGGCACUGGUCGGCGUGGCCUCGGACCCGGCCGCCUCCUUCCGGGAGCACCCAGAGCUUCCGCCAGCAGUUCUCCACACAGGAGCAGACCCCCCAGAUCUGUGUGGUGGGCAGUGGCCCAGCUGGCUUUUACACGGCCCAACACCUGCUAAAGCACCACUCCCGGGCACGUGUGGACAUCUACGAGAAGCAGCUCGUGCCCUUCGGCCUGGUGCGCUUUGGCGUGGCGCCCGACCAUCCUGAGGUCAAGAAUGUCAUCAACACCUUUACCCAGACGGCCCGCUCUGACCGCUGUGCCUUCCAUGGCAACGUGGUAGUGGGCAGGGAUGUGACCGUGCCGGAGCUGCAGGAGGCCUACCACGCCGUGGUGCUGAGCUAUGGGGCGGAGGACCAUCGGGCCCUGGAAAUCCCUGGGGAGGAGCUGCCCGGCGUGUUCUCAGCCCGGGCAUUUGUGGGCUGGUACAACGGGCUUCCUGAGAACCAGGAGCUGGCGCCGGACCUGAGCUGUGACACAGCUGUGAUUCUGGGGCAGGGGAACGUGGCUCUGGACGUGGCCCGGAUCCUGCUGACCCCUCCUGAGCACCUGGAGAAAACGGACAUCACAGAGGCUGCCCUGGGGGCGCUGAGACAGAGUCGGGUGAAGACGGUGUGGAUAGUAGGCCGCCGUGGACCCCUGCAAGUGGCCUUCACCAUUAAGGAGCUUCGGGAGAUGAUUCAGUUACCAGGAACUCGGCCCAUUUUGGAUCCUGCGGAUUUCUUGGGCCUCCAGGACAGAAUCAAGGCAGAGGUCCCUCGACCCAGGAAGCGGCUGAUGGAACUUCUGCUUCGGACAGCCACGGAAAAGCCAGGGGCAGAGGAGGCUGCCCGCCGGGCAUCGGCCUCCCGCGCCUGGGGCCUCCGCUUUUCCCGAAGCCCACAGCAGGUGCUGCCCUCGGCAGAUGGACGGCGGGCAGCAGGCAUCCGCCUGGCAGUCACCAGGCUGGAGGGUGUCGGUGAGGCCACCCGGGCAGUGCCCACUGGAGACGUGGAGGACCUCCCUUGUGGGCUGGUGCUGAGCAGCAUAGGGUAUAAGAGCCGCCCCAUCGACCCCAGUGUGCCCUUUGACCUCAAACUUGGGGUCAUCCCCAAUACGGAGGGCCGGGUUGUGGAUAUGCCAGGCCUCUACUGCAGCGGCUGGGUGAAGCGAGGACCCACAGGUGUCAUCACGACCACCAUGACCGACAGCUUCCUCACUGGCCAGAUGCUGCUGCAGGACCUGAAGGCUGGGCUGCUGCCGUCUGGCCCCAGGCCUGGCUAUGCAGCCAUCAAGGCCCUGCUCAGCAGCCGAGGGGUCUGGCCCAUCUCGUUCUCGGACUGGGAGAAGCUGGAUGCUGAGGAGGUAUCCCGGGGCCAGGGUGCUGGGAAGCCCAGGGAGAAGCUGCUGGAUCCUCAGGAGAUGCUAAGGCUGCUGGGGCGCUGAGCCCAGGUCCCAGCCUGGCACAGAAAGGAGGAGUGCCAUGCAGGGGAGAGGGACCCGGGUCAGUCUGAGCAGGACUCUGCCCCACAGCUGCAUCGCUGGUCUGUCCUGACCUGGGGUCUUGGCCGCCUCUUGCAGGGGCCUCUGAGCACUUCCUCAUGCCAGAAGGUCCCGCUUUGCCCCUGUGGAUUUAACUCUUCGCAAGGAGACAACCUUACUUGGGUUCAGGUGCAGGCUGACCUCUAUCCCUCCUGCCUCUUUCCCGCUGGACUGUGGAGGGUCACUAGGUCCAGAAUAUGCUGGAAAUAAAACACCUGCAACCGA